GUUUCGCUUGUUCAUUAGUGCAGUGAGGAUGCUGGAAGAAAUCAUCGUGCAAUAUGGUUGAUAGAACAAGAAACAUGCCUGGUGCAAAAAUGGUUAGUCUAGGAGCGUGUGUGCUGGCGGUGUUAGUUGGACACAGUUUUGGAUACACAAUUAUUCAGCGUCAAGCCAACAACUAUGAAAAUCACCAUCAAGAAAACCCCCUUCCAUCCAACGACUCACCUAGUGUUCGAGCAUUCAAUUGGCCAGAGCUACGCCCUCAUCAUUCCAGCGACGAGUCUAGUCAGUUACUCAACCUUUUCUACCUCACCCAAGUGAUCGCCGCCUAUCGAAACCCAUCGAAUCCUGACUCCAAAUUGGAUCAGUUCAUCCGUCAGUUACUGGAUCAAGAUUUUCUAAAUUAUCUCCACGAACUACUACGUGAUAUCGAUGGAUUCGAAGAGCUGGCGGGUGUGGGCCACGGACAACGAACAGAAGCGGAUUCGCUGCGCAAGGAAUAUUUUGUAAAUGAUCAGCGGCAAUUGAUCCCGGCGAUUCACGGAACGCUGAGUGCGAUCCACUUGGGAAACUGGGUAGAUGAAGAUUUUCGUGCCUGGUUGAACAACCUGCGGGACGAAGCCAGCAGGUUAACCGUGGAUGUGGUUCAUGAAGAACAUGAUUUGAUUCGGGCAGUGGAGGGCAAAGUAGUGAAUGUGGAGAAACCCUGGACGAUUGCUGGCGUACUGGACGCAAUUUUCGGGAAGCAGGGCGAUGUGCCGUUUGAUGAAAAGUAUGACGUCAUAACUGAGGAUGGUAACGAACACUUGGAUUCCGGCGAAGAGUUGUGGGUUGUUAUUGAUGACUCGAGCAAUGAGGAGUCUGAUCUUACAUGGUCACAUGGAAAAGGAGAGCGACCGAUGCUUCCGAGUGAGUCUGUUGAUUCUGAGGAGAAUUCAUCAGGUAUCUAUACGGACUCUAGAGAGGCUGUUGUCAAUUAUGCCCUUCCAGUGGAGUCACCGCCAAAGGUGUCCACUGUUACCGAGAAGCUUAGCCAUAACUAUUACACCGUAGUUCAAGAGACCACCAAUGUUUUAUCACCUUUGGUAAUUGAUGUUCCAAAUGUUAAUAAACAAUAUACAACAGCAAAUGAGUUAACGGGGUCCGUUCAUGUUGAACCAGUAGUCAAUGUAGCUGAUUUAAAUCAUUCAAAUGAGCAGAGGGUUAGUGAAAGUGAGGAAUCGUUCAAUUUCGAAUUCACAGAAGAUGGGCAGCAGGCUCCAGAGAUCGGCACACCAAAUGUCAGCUCCAACGAAGAUAAAACACAUACUAUUGAUAAAAUUGUUGCCACUUGGAAUGAUCGUUACACAUACAAUUCUACAGACUAUCCUAUGUUCGUUAAGAAACCGGUAAAAUCUGACGGCCUCAAACAGCACGCAGAAUCAACUGUACCGGAAGUAACUGAAGGAACAUGGUAUCAAAAUAUUGCCCACCGGCCGGUGGAAAAUGUUAUAAAUGAGGAUGAACAUAGGAAGCUUAUUCCUCCGGAAAAGGACGAUUCUGAUGCACUGCCGGUGAAAACAACGGAAUCGGAAGACUUGAAGAGCAUGAAAUCAAUUUACGAAAACUCAUUGGCCAAUGCUGCCGAGCAGCAUCAAUUUUGGAGCAAACAUGGUAUCCAACAGUCGACAACUGAGGUAUCGAAACAUGUUGAAGAAUCAGUGGGUGCUUCCCAUACCAAUAGCCCAAUUAGCACGAUAGAAAUAGGGAACAAGCAUGGGUUUUCGGACUUCACUGAAUCAGAAGAUACGUUGGGCAAUAUAGUAUUGGAUCUAACGCACGUCAUCAACCAACCAGACACAAUGUUUGAGUCGCUUCAGUUUCCUCACCCAAUCGUUGAUUUGACUGCUCCACAUGAAAAUAGUCACGAAUUUGAAGGUACUAAUAACAUAGCCCAGCAACUCCCCGAACAACUACCACUGCCAGAAGAAGAGGAAGAUGGUGGCAAGUCAAAAGAUCCACCCCCUUACGAAUUCAUGAGCGAACAUUUAUACACGGGCACUAUGGGACAUGGUGGAAACGCUUUUCCAGAUCACUACAACCAACCGAAUGUGGUAUUCGAGUCGGAUAAGCUGCCUAAACCGAUCGAUGUCAGUCAGCCGGCUGAUUUGAUUGAACCGCCCGAGGAUGGGUUCGGCACUAGUAGCACUAACAACGUCUUGCCGCUGCCAUUAGAGAAGGAUAUGGUCUUUAGCCCAACAGUACAUCAGAAAACCGAAUUGGCAGCUGAUUUAGUGGUACCUGCUACAGAUGGUACCGGUCUGGAGAUGUCAGAAAUAAUUACAGGGAAUAAACCAAAGUUGAUUGCCGAGAGUAGUCUGGCUGCAGGCUCUGAAAAUAACAAAGAAAUCCAUCAUAAAUUAUCGGUGCCAACUCAUGAACAUGAAGUGCAACCAUUAAUUGGGAACAUAGAACAGCAAGUCGAGAAUUCGAUCACAGAUAUUCACCAGCAUUCGGUUACUGAAGGUGAUGCAGAUUCUGUACCACUCUGGAUGCAUAAUUCUUCAGUAGAAGACGAUGCGACAGAUUCGGAACACGACAAUGAAGCACCUGGCGUACUAAUGGCACCGAGUGAAGCAGAGAUCCACAAACCGCAUUCUGAGCCGGCUAAAUCACCAUCUUACGAGGAAAACUACACAUCGGACAUAGUUGAUGCUAAUCCAGAUGAACUACUGCACAUCAAGCACGAUAUGAGCAUCGUGUUGGCACUAAUAGAUCAACAAACCGAGUUCCGGCUGCGAAAUCGCAUUUCCUCUCAAGACUUGGACGACUAUGUUGAGCAGUUGAGUCACACAGACCUGCUGCGAUUGAUAGAUGGUGGACGAGUUAACCGAACUGCAGUCCUGGAAUCGCUGCAAAAGUUAGUGUCGAGAAAACAUUUCGCCGAUGGUUACCGGAUCGUACAGGUUCUGGAACUGCUGAAACAAGGUGAGAUGCCCGGACCAAAUGACGGUUACUUUGAUAGGCAAUAUGGUGGUAAAGGACGGAGUGCUCAAGAAGUUAUAGACGAGUUGGACCAGGCAGAACAAUUUGCUCAGAUAGUUACCGAUCAGGAUGAGGUUGCGGAUGCGGUAGGGCUUGUCGAUGAAUUGGAGGAAUCUAUUGCACAGGAUGCAGAAUUUCGUACGAUUGAGUCGGAGUCCACACAGAUGGAGGUGACACAUGCUCCAGAUUUAGAUGAUGAGAAGCCAGAAGGCCGGAUACUGAUCGAGAAUAAUUUAGAGCAAAGUAAAGUGCCUUCGAAUGGCACUGUGAACAAUCCAGAGACUGAAACGAAUGGAUCUAUAUUUGCAAUUAACACAACGUCAACGACAGAUUCUCCUCUAUCGGAGGCCACAUUGGACUAUGGCAGCAAACCAUCAUUCCGUGCGCAAAUUCGAGAUGAUUGGAACAAGGAGGAGGAUGCCCUGCAAUUAUUAACUACUCUAGUUGAGUCCGAGAUCGCGGAAGAAAUGGUCGAUGAGUUGGAAGCAUCCAUUGCACAGGAAACACAAUGGCGAAAUAUCGAAUCGAAGUUUCAACAAGAAAAUGUGACACUUGUUCCAGAUUUCAGUUAUGAGAAACCAAAAGGUAGGAUACUGAUGGAAGAUGUGUCAAACGACGAUGAGCAAAGUGAAGUACUUCCGGAAGAAAGCACGACUUUUUCGACCAAAGUUGAAUCCGCUACUGUGGAUAAUCUAGAGACUGGAACAGACAAUCCCAUAUCCGAAACAGAGGUGCCUCGGAAGACGCAAUUGAACUAUAGAACAGAACAACGAAGUUCGAGUGUUGAAGAUGAAUAUUAUCGUGAGGAGAAUAUCCUUCAGUUAGAAGAUAAUCAAGAGGAGGCUGAAAACGUCGAAAAUAUGGCCAAUGAAUUGGAAGAAACCAUUGCACAAGAUACUGCAUUACAGGAAGUUGAGUCCGAGGUCCUACAAGAAAAUAUAGAUUCUAAUUUAGAUGCUGAACUUCAAGAAGGCCGGAUCCUUAUCGAAGCUGAAUCCAAUUCGAAUGAAAACUGGAGAAAUUACGACCAAAUUGAGGUGCUUUCGGAGGAGGUAGCAAAAUUUUUGGCCAACAACGCAUCCACUACCAUAAAAGAACCACUUUCAUCGAAGACAAAUUUAGAACAAAGAAUCUCGGAAGCCUCUACAGACCACAAAAACCUCAUAACUGACGAUCAGAUCGCGAAAGAGAUCACCGACCAACCUCCGGACCAGAUAAUCAUCCAGCCAUUUCUCGGCGAGCUACCCAAUGCAACGAAACCUUUGGCGGUGGGUCGAGUUAGUUCUAAGGAAAAUGCAGGCACUGUAACGGAAACCCAUGACACCACGCUGCAAGAUGGAAACUUAACUGUCUAAUUAUUUAGUGAUUUGUGAUACAAAACAAUUACUUUUAAGAAUUAUCGUACAAUAAAGACAACUUUUAACGAUUCGACUAACCGGAA